AUGCAGAAUGACUCCUGCGUGUCUGUGGACCCUCACGUGCUGUGGAAAUGCUUGGUGAGCAACCGCAUCAUUGCAGCCAAGGACCACGCGUCCAUCCAGAUGAACAUGGCCAGGGUUGGCAAGGUCACAGGCAGGUUUAACCACAGUUUAAAACCUGUGCCAUCUGUGGAGCCAUUGGGCGAGUCAGAUGAUUCUAUUCUGCGAUUAGCAAAGGCUAAUGGCAUUGUCUCAAAGAACUUCUGA